AUGUGGCUGGGGCUUCACCGGCCUCACUAUGUCUGCCAUUGUGCCAUUUUCAAUUUUCAGAGUCUGUUGACUGUAAUCUUGCUGCUUAUAUGUACCUGUGCUUAUAUCGGAUCCUUGGUACCCAGCCUCCUGGAUGGAAAUAAAACUGGAUUGUUUGCUGUAUUUUGGAAGUGUGCCAGAAUUGGUGAACGGAAGAGACCUUAUGUCGCAGUGCGCUGCAUAGUGAUGGCUUUCAGCAUCCUCUUCAUGCAGUAG